AUGAGAUUUGAAAAUGACACCAUUGUGAAGGAAUUCAUGUUGGUGGGUUUUCCUGGCAUUCAGAAGGUGAAGAUUCUUGUCUUCCUGACCAUGUUGCUCACCUAUACAAUGACUCUAAUUGGGAACCUGGUGAUCAUAUUCUUAGUGUGGACAGAUUACCGGCUUCAGACACCCAUGUACUGGCUCCUCUGCAACCUCUCCUUCUCAGGACUCUGCUUCACCUCCACCAUUGUCCCCAAAAUGCUGAGGAACAUCAUCAUGGAUACCAAAGUAAUUUCUUUCAUGGGCUGCAUGAUCCAAAUUUAUUUAUAUUUCUUCUUGGGCACUUCUGAUUACAUCCUAGUGGCUGUGAUGGCCUUUGAUCGCUACAUAGCCAUCUGUAACCCACUGCGUUAUUCUGUUAUCAUGAGUGGCUGGUUCACAUUCCAGCUUGCUGUUGGAAUUUGGCUUGGAUCUUUUCUGUCAGUUCUUUCAUCAGCAAUUUUCUUGUUUCAGCUCCCAUUCUGUGGUCCAAAUGUCAUUCACCACUUCUUCUGUGAUAUCAUAACAGUGCUGAGGCUGGCUUGUACAGAUACCACUUUCCUUGAACUGUUGAGCUACGUGUCAACUACCAUUAUUGUCUUAAGUUCAUUCCUGUUGACGUCAGUGUCCUACCUGUACAUCAUCGCCACCAUCUUGCACAUCCCAUCUGCUACUGGACGGCAAAAAGCUUUUUCAACCUGUGCAGCUCAUAUCACGCUGGCUUCAGUCUUUUAUGGAUGUUCCAUUUUCAUGUACCUGCUACCAGAGAAAACCCAUUCAUCAGGUUUCUACAAAGCAGUAGCCCUUCUUCACACUGUGGUGACCCCUUUCCUUAAUCCAUUCAUAUAUACACUGCGGAAUGAGAGAGUGAAGGAGGUCUUAAAAGAUACCUUGAAACGUAUCUCCUUCCUUGCCAAAAGAACAUCAUAA